UCCGCUUUGCGGCUCUUUUGGCCCUGGCGACUCGCCAUCGCCCGCGCGGAGGCGUGCACUAGCUGAGGUGAUGGCGGCUGGGACGCCAGAUUCGCAGGCGCGAUUCGGUCAGUCCGUGAAGGGGCUGCUCACGGAGAAGGUGAACACCUGCGGAACAGACGUAAUCGCCCUCACGAAGCAGGUGCUGAAGGGCUCCCGGAGCUCCGAGCUGCUAGGUCAGGCAGCUCGGAACAUGGUACUACAGGAAGAUGCCAUCUUGCACUCAGAAGAUAGUUUAAGGAAAAUGGCAAUAAUAACUACACAUCUUCAGUACCAGCAAGAAGCUAUUCAGAAGAAUGUUGAGCAGUCAUCGGAUCUACAGGACCAGCUGAAUCAUCUGUUGAAAUAGAACAGUUUAUAAGAAUGCUUUGCCUGAUGCUGAGGAGGAAAUAUCUACCACAACCGUUGUGCUGUGGGUUUGAUUUUCCAUUUUCUUCUCCAAAAGUUAAGAUAGAAAAUAUUUGUGAUGAUGUACAGUUUCUCCUGAAAAGAAGCUAGGUGGUUGAAUUUUGGAAGCACUUCUUGAAUCAAACUAACCCAUACUCUUCUUGAAUUUUUAAUUGCUCUAUUAGUUUGAUAUGAAAGCAAAAUUAAAAGCUGUCUUAGUUUUUCCCAUAGAACUUUAAUGUCAUAUUGUCUAAAUGUGAUUCUUAAAUACCAAGUAGUGUUUUAAAUUCAGAAAUAGAGCUUCUAUUGUGCACAUAGAAGAAUGGUUCUUCUUAAAGAAUUUUUUCUUUGAUUUAUAAAUUCAGGAAAUAUUUUAAUUUCCUGGUCACAGAAUGGUGAUAGGUAAUACCUGUUUUCUUGUAACUCAGGAGAUACUUUAUUCAUUACAGCAAAUACCUACAUGAUAAUCAGGCAAGUUGCAUCAUAUCUGGCCAGCUGCAAACUCCUGCCUUGACCUGCAUUCCUAGAGUUUCUUUGUUGUUGUGACUCUUGAUUAUGUGGCCCUGGGUUCAUUUUGUAAUAUUGCUAGUAAUCAGCAAAUUCAUUUGUAUGAUAUUGCCAAAUGCGAAGGCAGUUGAAUUACUGUGAGUGAUUGCAGUAUAGGCCUGUGCCAUGGGGAAAACAUUAUGUUUGUAGACAGUUACAUAUACAUUGAAUUAAUCUUGUUAAAUGGCAUUACCAUUGUCUAUAGUUAAGUCUGAGUGUAUUUACUUUGUUUGAAUUUAAAAUGGGACCUCUCUCCUAUUCCAGUUCAGUUCUUAAUUUAUUAACAGAUUGGGAGAAAGCUGACAUAGAAAAUGAAGUUUUGCCCUGGCCAGUGUGGCUCAGAUGGUUGAGUGUUAUCCCAUGCACCAAAAGAUCCAGUUCAAUUCCUGGUCAGGGCACAUGCCCGAGUUGCAGGCUCAACCACCAGUAAGGGGUGUGCAGGAAGCAGCUGAUCAAUGUUUCAUUGAUGUUUCUCUUCCUCUUCCUUCCUCUCUCUCUUAAAAAAAUAUCAAUUAAAA